CAGAGCAGAGCAGAGGCUGCAUACCACCGCUGCUGACGACUGACCUGACCCCCCCCCACACACACACAAAGACACACUCUCAUGUCACACACUUCUUCACAAGAGCUGAAACUCCAGAGCAGUGCAGGGAGAUGCUACCGGCUGGCACCCACUGAUCCCAACACCAGUCACGCUGCACCUUCACCUCCAGAGCGCCCAACACACUCCUGCUGCACAGAGAAAGGCCACUUAACAAAAGGCACUAACAGUGACCUCCAGUAGUUAGACCGUACCUGAUCCCACAUCUCUCAAAGAAAAGCGGAACCUGACUCCAGGAAGGAGGGGAAGGAGAGGAGCGAUUGCAUCCCCCUGCUGAAACACAACCCACUGGACGGAGAGACAGAGGGGCUGACGGCUGUGUCUGGUAGCUAAGAGGAGACAGAGGCAGGAUGCUGGCUAAAAUCCUCGAGGAGAUGUGGGUGGACCCAGAGGUGCUGGAGGCCCUCAACGAGGAGCAGAAGAGGAUCCUGUUCCUGAAGAUGAGAGAGGAGCAGGUGCGCCGCUGGAGAGCGCAGGUCGAGAGGGAGGAGAGGGAAGGAGCAGGCGGCAACAACAGCAGGCCAAAGAAAGCUUCCAGUAAACAUGUGCAAUGGCUGCUCGGACGGGAUGGAGAUGUGAGCGUCAGUGUAAUCGGAGAAGUGGACGAGUUCAGGUCCUCCAAACUGCUCCAGAGCCUCAGGAACAACAGACUCUACAACGAUAAUAUGAAUGGCAUCCAGACAGUGAACUUGCUGUCAGGAAGAGAGGCCCGAGAGCUCGGCUUUAAGGAAGAAAUCCAGCUGCCCCUCGCAGAUGUUAGCGAUUACCCAGCUUCACCGAACGAACACUCGUCUGAGGAGGACGUGGAAUCCUGCAGCGCAGAUGACGACCUGAAGGACCCUGCGGAGGACAGCGACAGUGAAUCGGGCAGCAGCUCAGACAAUCUCAGUGACUGGGAUCCUCUCUACAGGCCCUAUGUUAGUCACCAUGGCAACCAGCUGCCGCUCAAAGCCAGGCUGUCAGACACAGAGAGAGCCGACCCACAAGACAGAGGAAUUGAGUGUCAUGAAGAGACACAGUCCGACAACAGAGGUCGCGUAGCGCAGCUCAGGAAGACGUUCACAGAUGAUCGCCACAGCACAACACCCGCCUACAGCAAACCUCCUAUACCUGGCAAACCUGCUCACCUACAGAUGAGAAGCACACCGCUGAUCCAUUAGGUCUCCAGGUGUAUCCUCCCUCCUGCAGGAAAACACUUGACCCCAUGAAGGCAGAGCUGUAACGUGCCCAGUGAUAAUGGCAGCCACGCGCUGCUGGACCAAGCUGCGGCCACAUUCAUGAGGUCCUCACUUGAACCUGAACAUUGAACUGAGGCCCACUUUGUUACAACACAAGGACCGACCGACAGACAGAGAAAUGUCUGGGGGGGUGGAGUGAGAGAAUGACUUGAAAGCUUUCUGAAUGAUAAAAUGAAGCAGCUUUGAUGUUGCUGAGUUCAAAUACCCUCACAUAUCUUUUGUUAUUGAUGGGCUGGGGCAGUGUGAGAUGUCCAGAGGUACACGCACAAGGACUGUUGACUACAGGUGAAAAAACACCGUGGUUCACUUCUUAAACGAGUGUUAAUGAAGAUUUAUCAUUUAAAUAUCAUAAGAGGUUACUGGGAAGCAACUUGAUGAAAUCAUAUUAUUUUAUUCUGUACUCUUUGAUUGAUUUUAUUGUAUUGGAGUCUGUGGGACUUGUCACUUGUUUUAAAACCACCGACUUUUAACAUGUUGGCAACAUCUUUAUACAUUAUGUGCAUUCACGUCGGUGCAGGGGUUUGUAAAUAUAAUAAAAUAAAAGGUCUGAAUUCUUUGUAAAUGAU